UUGUUCUUUAUCCCGAAGCAAAGUGAGUAUUUCGUUAUUUUAGUGUUUAUUUAUUUAUUGUUAUUUAUUUUAAAUAUUUCUAGUGAAUGUUUUCCUAUAAUUUUUAGUAAUAUUCACAAAAUGGUGUGCGAAAGUCUACAGGCGGAACAAUUUAUUUUCUGCAAAUAUUUGCAAAUAUGUGCAACGAAAUGGUUUUAUUGAUUUAACCACGUUGUUUCUAUAGUGAUAAUCUGCGAUACGAUGAAUUAUCAUUAUCUUUUGAAUCGCUAGGCCAAAUUACAUGUCGGUGCCUCGUUCCUAAUUUCUCCCUAUCAGUUUUGAUGACGGGCAUUAGUGCUAGUGCUUCCGUUAGAAUUACCACGAAAUUGCCGUCGCAGAUAGUGGAAGAGGUCAGACACAUAGCUGACAAGAUGUGCGACCGCAAGGCGGUGAUCAAAAAUGCUGACAUGAGCGAAGAGAUGCAGCAGGAUGCUGUGGACUGCGCGACCCAGGCAUUAGAGAAGUUUAACAUUGAAAAGGACAUUGCAGCGUUCAUCAAGAAGGAGUUUGACAAGAAGUACAAUCCCACGUGGCAUUGCAUUGUGGGACGCAACUUUGGCUCGUAUGUGACGCAUGAGACACGCCACUUCAUCUACUUCUACCUGGGCCAAGUGGCCAUCUUGCUGUUCAAGAGCGGCUAGGCGGGGCUGUGCCCUUUCAAAAUUUUAUGUUGUUAGCACAGACGCAGUAUUACCGGGCGACGAGUGCCUCCGGCCGCGUGCCGCCGGCGGCGCGCGAGUCAGUGUGUGUCAGUAUGUGAGUGUGUGAGAGAGUGCCAGGUACUGGUGACUGUGUGUGUGCGGCACGCCACGCGACUAGGACUAGCCUCAAGCCCACUGUUUAUUUAACGAUGCUGGACUGCGUCGAAUCUCUUCACUUCUUAGUCCCCGGCGCACUCGAUGUAUGUUUGUACUGUGUUAGCUAUAUUUAAGAAUCGAUAUUGACUUGGGUAAUACAUUCACUUCUAGUGUAUUUAUAUUAAAAAUUUUAGUUAAUUAUUCCUAGACUUAUUACCUAGCAUAGCGUAAAAGUCAUAUGUUAGUAUAUAACUAAAUUUAUUGUUUAAUUUCUUUGUUAAUACACCCUGUGAAAAUAUUUUUCAAUACUUCUUUAUUAAACUUUCUUACAAACC